CAAUUCUGUGUGUCCCUAAGUAACAAUUCUGUGUCUGUGGCCCUAAGUAACAAUUCUGUGGCCCUAAGUAACGUUUCUGUGGCCCUAAGUAACGUUUCUGUGGCCCUAAGUAACGUUUCUGUGGCCCUAAGUAACGUUUCUGUGGCCCUAAGUAACGUUUCUGUGUCCCUAAGUAACGUUUUUCUGUGGCCCUAAGUAACGUUUCUGUGUCCCUAAGUAACGUUUCUGUGGCCCUAAGUAACGUUUCUGUGUCCCUAACUAACGUUUCUGUGUCCCUAAGUAACGUUUCGUUUCUGUCAGAAACGAUUCUGUGUCCCUGAGUAACGAUUCUGUGGCCCUAAAGUCUCUGUGGCCCUAACU